UCAUACAGUGGGAGGUGCCACAUGCAUGAAUAUAUAGGUCAAUUGGAGUCACUGUAUAACUUGGACAGAGAAGACAGCAGCACAUUGUGAUCCACAGAAGAGGAGAUUCACUUUAAGAGCAAGAUGGUUCCAGUGUUGAUGUUUGUAAUGGCAGUGCUGGUAGCAGCAGAUGAUCUCUCAGCUCCAGCAGGGUCUGCCUCUCUCUCAGUGGUGCACUGUGAUUCUUUUACUUAUUGUCCUGAUGGGACAACAUGCUGUCGGAAUCUAUAUGGGCAUUGGUUUUGCUGUCCAUUUGCUAUGGGUCAGUGCUGCAGGGAUGGUGUACAUUGUUGCCGUCACGGAUAUCACUGUGAUUCAACAUCAACCAGGUGUUUGACGGGAUGGUUGAAUCUGCCAUCUUCCAUCCAAACAGCCUCCAAAGCAAUCCAGAAAACUGAGCUUGUGCUGCUGGAUCAAGCUGAUAAAUGGCAGAAUGAGGUUGAUUCUGUACAGUGUGAUGCGAAUGUCUUCUGUCCAGUAGAGAUGGUUUGCUGCAAAACACCAACUGGCCAAUGGGGCUGCUGCAGUGGUAAAGCAAACUAAUUUAAUGUAGUUUCU